AUGGCGUUUCAAGACAAUCAUCAUCUCUCUCAAGACCUUUCCUUCAAUCAUUUCACCGACCAACAACAACACCACCACCACCAACAACCACCACCUCCUCCUCCUCCCGCUCCUCCGCAACAGCAACAUUUCCAGGGAACUCCUCCUCCCAACUGGCUCAACACGGCCCUCCUCCGCUCCGACAACAACAACAACAGCAACAACUUCCUCAACCUCCACACAUCCACCGCCGCGAGCAGCUCCGAUUCCCCCUCCUCCGCCGCCGCCGCCGUCGCAGCUAACCAGUGGCUCUCCCGCUCCUCCUCCUUCCUCCAACGCAGCAACAACGCUGGAGCCGAGGCGAUGAUGGGAGGAGGAGGAGAGAUGAAGAGCGGCGGCGGCGGAGAGAGCAAGAACGACGGAGGAGGAGGAGAGGGAGUUGUGAGCUGGGAGAAUGCGAGACACAAGGCGGAGAUACUCUCUCAUCCGUUGUACGAGCAGCUUUUGUCGGCGCACGUGGCGUGUCUGAGAAUCGCCACGCCGGUUGAUCAGCUUCCGAGGAUAGACGCUCAGCUUGCGCAGUCGCAGGACGUUGUCGCUAAGUACUCUGCUUUGGGAGCUGGGCAAGGACUCGUCGGUGAUGACAAGGAGCUUGACCAGUUCAUGACGCAUUAUGUGCUGCUUCUGUGUUCGUUCAAAGAGCAACUUCAACAACACGUGCGUGUUCAUGCAAUGGAAGCUGUGAUGGCAUGUUGGGAGAUUGAGCAGUCUCUUCAAAGCUUAACCGGAGUGUCUCCCGGUGAAGGCAUGGGGGCAACAAUGUCGGACGAUGAAGAUGAACAAGUAGAGAGCGAUGCUAAUAUGUUCGAUGGGGGCUUGGAUGUGUUGGGUUUUGGUCCUCUGGUUCCUACUGAGAGUGAGAGAUCCUUGAUGGAACGUGUUAGACAAGAACUCAAACAUGAACUCAAACAGGGUUACAAGGAGAAGAUAGUAGACAUAAGAGAGGAGAUACUGAGGAAGAGAAGAGCUGGGAAGCUACCAGGAGACACCACCUCUGUUCUCAAAGCAUGGUGGCAAUCUCAUUCCAAAUGGCCUUAUCCUACUGAGGAAGAUAAGGCUAGGCUGGUGCAGGAAACAGGUUUGCAGCUAAAGCAAAUAAACAAUUGGUUCAUCAAUCAGAGAAAGAGGAACUGGCACAGCAAUCCAUCUUCUUCCACUGUCUUGAAGAACAAACGCAAAAGCAAUGCAGGUGACAAUAGCGGAAGAGAGCGUGAACGUUUCACGUAGGAAAGAAGAUAUAUAUGAAGUGAAUUGUAGCUGGAUUGGUUGGGAUUUAAGGCAAGGGUUUAGGGGUGUUAAAGGGUGAGAUAAUGAAGAAGGAGAAGUUGGGCUAUACAGAGAGGAGACGAUAUUAGAAAGUAACUUUUUGUGCAAUUACAACAUAGUACGUAGUUUGGUUAUGUUAUGCCAUAUGUUUAUUGGUAGUAAGUACACAAAACCCAAAAGUAAAAAAUAUUGUCACUAUUAUAUGAUUUCCAUUCAAUUUUUCUCCUACUUGUUCUGUACUGUUAUCGUUAGCCUAAUGUCUUUGCCGUUACCAUAUAGUUUUUCUAUUAUUUUUUGGCCAAUGUAGACUUGCUUAAAUCUAGAUUUAUUGUGUAAUUUGC